CCCCCCACCCCCGCCCGCGUCCAGCCCCGCUCUCCCCACCUUGUAAAACAAAGCCGGGGAAAAUGCUUGCCCGUGCAGCUCGGAGCGCGCAGCCCGUCUCUGAAUAAGAAUGGCGGCACCUGACUUGCUGGAUCCUAAAUCUGCUGCUCAGAACUCCAAACCAAGGCUCUCAUUUUCUACGAAACCCACAGUGCUUGCGUCCCGGGUGGAGAGUGACACGGCCAUUAAUGUUAUGAAAUGGAAGACGGUCUCCACGAUUUUCCUGGUGGUCGUGCUCUAUCUGAUCAUCGGAGCCACUGUGUUCAAAGCCUUGGAGCAGCCUCAUGAGAUUUCACAGAGGACCACCAUUGUGAUCCAGAAGCAGACAUUCAUAUCCCAACACGCCUGUGUCAACUCGACUGAGCUGGACGAACUCAUCCAGCAAAUAGUGGCAGCAAUAAAUGCAGGGAUUAUACCUUUAGGAAACACCUCCAAUCAAAUCAGUCACUGGGAUUUGGCAAGUUCGUUCUUCUUUGCUGGCACUGUUAUUACAACCAUAGGAUUUGGAAACAUCUCACCACGCACAGAAGGUGGAAAAAUAUUCUGUAUUAUCUAUGCCUUGCUGGGAAUUCCUCUCUUUGGUUUUCUUUUGGCUGGAGUUGGAGAUCAACUGGGGACCAUAUUUGGAAAAGGAAUUGCCAAAGUUGAAGAUACAUUUAUUAAAUGGAACGUUAGUCAGACCAAGAUUCGCAUCAUCUCCACGAUCAUCUUUAUCCUGUUUGGCUGCGUGCUCUUUGUGGCUCUGCCUGCGGUCAUAUUCAAGCACAUAGAGGGCUGGAGUGCCCUGGAUGCCAUCUAUUUUGUGGUCAUCACUCUCACAACCAUUGGAUUUGGCGACUACGUUGCAGGUGGGUCAGAUAUUGAGUACCUGGACUUCUAUAAGCCUGUCGUGUGGUUUUGGAUCCUUGUAGGCCUCGCUUACUUUGCUGCUGUCCUGAGCAUGAUUGGAGACUGGCUCCGGGUUAUAUCUAAAAAGACAAAGGAAGAGGUGGGAGAGUUCAGAGCACAUGCUGCUGAAUGGACGGCCAAUGUAACGGCUGAAUUCAAAGAAACCCGGAGGCGGCUGAGCGUGGAGAUCUAUGACAAGUUCCAGCGUGCCACGUCCAUUAAACGGAAGCUCUCUGCAGAGCUAGCUGGGAAUCACAACCAGGAGCUGACGCCUUGUAGGAGGACCCUGUCGGUCAACCACCUGACCAGCGAGAGGGAUGUCUUGCCUCCCUUACUGAAGACUGAGAGCAUCUAUCUCAAUGGGUUGACGCCACACUGUGCUGGGGAAGAGAUCGCUGUCAUUGAGAACAUUAAAUAGCCCUCUCUCUGAAGAGCCUUAGGCAUAGCCAUAGGUGAGGACUUCUUAUAUGCUCUAUAUGACUGUUGCUGGUAGCAUUUUAAAAAAUUGUGCAUGAGCUCCUAAGGGGGGAAAUGUAGAUUCACCCAUCAUGGUCAUCUGCCAUCAAGAGAAUUUGGAAUUCUGAGCCAGCACUGUCUCUGAUGAUGCCCGUUGCACACUCCACUUUUCUGGGAUGAGUGGA